AUGGAGAUGAGAUUCUUGUUCCGUGGCUUGACGUUGGUAUUAUUAAUGGCGUUCGGGGAAGCAGUUGGGGACAGACUAAGAUGGAGCCGAAAGGAUAUGGUGGAGAUGGCUGGCUACGGCGAACUCAAACUCUCCUCCGUCCUUCUCACCGCCUCUCUUCUCUCUUCCUCCGACGAUCCUAUUCCUGGUGUUACCGUUGGCAUCAAGUGCCACACUGGAUUUAGGAGGAGGAGAUCCAAAUGGAUCAAAGCUGUGACAAAUGAGUUUGGUCAAGUCGUCAUGGAUCUUCCUUCUCAUCUCCAUGCAAUUCCUGAUCUACACAAGGCUUGUUCCAUCAGACCACUCUCUGUUCCUAAACCCUAUCAUCAAUGCUCUCCCAAGAUUCACAGAGGUAUCAUCAAACUCGUUUCAUCUUCCAACGGCUCCCGCGUCUACACAGCCGGCAACAUCACCUUACACAGAGAACCAUGUAAAUAG